AUGAGGCUAUAUUUAGUGAACUUAGCCAAAGAUAUUAGACAAGGCAAAAAAACCGAACAAACUAUUUAUGUUUUAUUAGGCCCUCCUGGUAUCGGUAAAUCUUUUAUUAGUGAAAUGUUAGCCGAAGCCAUGGAAAGACCCUUAAUCAAUGUGGAUUUAGGAGGACGGAAAGAUACCGGAAUAUUAGAAGGGGUUAGUCCCAGUGUCAAGGCUGCUUAUCCUGGCCGACUAUGCCAAGGAAUUAGUAUUGGUAAAAAUCGAGGAGGGAUUAUUCUUUUGGAUGAGUUUGAAAAGGUGGCUGAUGAAGGAUUAGCCAUGAUGUUAGGUAAUGUAUUAGAUAUCAAAAAAAAUAAAGAUUGGUAUGACCAGUUUUUAGGUUAUCGGGUCGAUUUAUCCGAUUGUCUCUUACUCUGCACUGCCAAUUAUGCUGACCAAGUGCCAGACUUCGUUCAAAAUAGAGCCGAGAUGGUAAAUAUUGAAUUGGCUACUUAUCAGCAGAGGGUCGGUUAUGUAAUGAGUAAAUUAAAAGGGAAGUUAAGAAGUGAUAAUGAUACGGCUCAUUAUGCUAAUCAAUUGACCGAUGAUUUUUGUAAAUAUCUAAUAGUGGAAGAGUGA